CUGGAUUCUGCUCUGUUAGCUGGAUGGGAUUCCUGCUUCUGCUGCUUCUCCUGAUAGAGUCAGGGCUCCUGGUGCCAAGUCAGCAGAGAAAGCCUGGUCAACCUGUCCCUGAGGAGUUCACUGCACCUCUGGAGCUUCAGCAGCAGCACUUCGGCUUAGAGGAUGAUUAUGGCAUUAAACCAAAGCAUCCCAUCUUCCGAACACGGCUGUCUCGUAAAGAAUCAAAAGAACUGCAGAAGGCACACAAGAGCAAGCGGGAUAAGCCCGAUUUUGAGGAUUAUUAUUACGAUGACAUCUUUUGAUUUGCUCUGGGAACUGGUGCUGCAAAUGGCACCUCUUUAGUGGCCUUGCACCAGCUAUUUGAUA